CGCCCCAGCGCCGCCGCAGCGGGAGGGGAGGGGAGGGGAGGCGAGGCGGCUGCGGCAGCCGGGGCAUCGCUGCUGUGGCGGCGCGGGGCUGAACCCGGCCGGCGGUCCGGCGCGCUCUGCCGCCCAGCGCCAUGGCCCAGCGGCAGCGGGCUGGCCCUGCGGACCUCGAGGCGCCGGAGCCCGGGGCUGGGGCCGCCGGCCGGGAGCUGACGGCGGGGAGCGGCCCCGUGCAGAUCCGAGUGGCCGUCCAGGCGGCGGCGGAGGAGGAGGACGAGGAGGGCGGGGGAGCGCCGUGCCCGGCGGCGCGGGACGGCGGCAGCUGCAGCGAGGAGGACUCGGGGCGGUGCGGACGCUCCAGUGGAGGCGAAAAUGAUGAUGACUCUGACCAGAACUGGAAACCACCAGAAAAUGACCUGAUCCAGAAGUUAAUAGCACAAAUUGAAUAUUACUUCUCAGAUGAGAACCUUGAGAAAGAUGCCUUCCUUCUAAAGCAUGUGAGAAGAAAUAAGAUGGGCUACGUCAGUAUUAAACUCCUCACUUCUUUUAAGAAGGUGAAACACCUUACCCGUGACUGGAGAACCACAGCCUACGCACUGAAGUACUCCAACACUCUCGAGCUCAAUGACGACAACAGGAAGGUUAGAAGAAAUACUCCAGUUCCAGUGUUUCCGAGUGAAAACCUCCCUACCAGGAUGUUACUGGUGUAUGAUAUCCACAUGAUUUCUGAGCUGCAGGCUCAUAGCAAACAAGUAAACGGAUGCACGCAAGAAAGGGUAAUGGAGCAUCUCCUCAAAGCCUUUGUAACUUUUGGUGGAAUUUCAUCAGUUCGUAUUCUCAAACCUGGUAGGGAUCUACCACCUGAUAUCAGGAGGGUCAGCAGUCGCUACACACAACUGGGAACUCAGGAAUGUGCAAUUGUAGAAUUUGAAGAAGUGGAUGCUGCUGUACGUGCUCAUGACUUCAUGUGUGCUGAAAAGCAAGAGACUGGCAUGAAAGUUGUCCUAAUAGGCAUGAAACCUCCAAAGAAAAAAGUUCCCAAAGACAAGAGCUGUGAUCAAGAUACCAGCAAGACUCUUCAGAAGGCUAGAUCCCUUAAUAAGAGAGUUGAGGAGCUUCUGUUUGUUGGUGAUGAAUCUUCAGCAAAUAGCUCUUCUGACCCAGAGAGUAAUCCUACAUCACCACUGUCAGGACGCAAAAGUACUGCAACAAAUACUACAAGUAAUUUGAGCCCUGUCAUUCAUCCAAACAACCAUUUGAGUCCUAAUGUGUCACCCAGAUCAAGUCCUUGGAACAGUCCAUCUUCACUGAGAAAAGUAACCAAAAAGUCUCCACUGGCUGAAGACAGCAAGCUUAACCCAAGCACUAGCCCUGAAAUUCCAAGGAAAUGUACAGAUAAUUCCUCGGAUAGCAGUAUCACUCCUUCUGGUAGCCCCUGGGUACAGAGAAGAAAAGCUCAAACUGUAACAGGGGAGAGGAGUCCCACCAGUAGCCCCAUGCUAGCUCGGAAAAUUCAGACUGCAGAUGGGCUACCCGUAGGGGUGCUGCGGCUGCCUAAGGGGCCGGAUGGCACUAAAGGAUUCCACAAUGGAUGUCAAAGACGGAAGGCUCUGAAGAAUGAAUAAAUCAUUCUUUAAAAAUCAUUUCACAAGUCAGUCACCUGCUUUUGUUCAAGCCUGGUGAAAAAUCAUCACUUGAGCAACUGAGUUAAGUCAGUAUUUAAUUUUAAAGAGAUUUUAUAUUCAUAUGGAGACUUGUAUAUUCACUUCACAGAAUCACAGAAUAGUUGAGGUUGGAAGGCACCUCUGGCAGUUGUCCAGUCCACCUCCUUUGCUCAAGCAAGGUCCCCUACAGCAGGUUGCUUAGGGUUUGGAAUAUCUGCAAGGGCAGAGACUCCCCACCCUGUCUGGGCAACAUGUCCCCAAAUUCAGCCAUCCACACAGUAAACAAGUGUUCCCUUAUGCUUGGAUGGAAUUCCCUGUGUUUCAGUUUGUGCCCCUUUUCCUGUUCCUGGGUAUCACUGGGAAGAGCCAAGCUCCAUCUGCUUCACUCCCUCCCAUCAGGUAUUUUAAAACAUUGGUGAGAUCUCCUGGGGCCUUCUCCAGUCUAAACAGCAUCAGGUCUCUAGGUCUCUUGCAUGAGACAUACUCCAGUCUCUUAAUCAUCUUAUGCACUUACCUAAUGCAAUGCCCUUAUCUGUAUUAUUAUUUUUUAAUAUAUUAGUUUGAAACAGGCAUAUAAAUCAUUCAUGCAACUACAUUACUUGCAAAGCUUUGAUCCUGAAGAGCAGUGUGUAAAUACAGUUUAGUGGUUGUGUGAUGGUAAGCUGUGGUAUGUCACAAGUGUAAUCAUAAGGAGUAGAGGGGUUUUGAAGACUUUCAGUGUUUGUCUCAAAAGGAGCUCUUGAGAAGCUUAUGCUACAGUGAGCAGUCGCUCUCUGCUUGCAUACCUCACCAAAGACAAUAAUGUUUAGGAGGACCAAAGUGUGUGAUGUGAAUAAAGACUUGGAGCAUUGAAGACUGUUCUGUAAGUGUUAUCUUAUGUAAUCAGAUGGAAUAAACAAGAAUAUUAACUCA